AUGAUAGCCAUCUGCGGGACGGUGUAUAGCACAACACGUGAUCAUACGUCGAAGUUCAAAAGAUUCUGCGACGACCCUGAAAUGCGACCCUCUAAUCUGAUAAUCGUCACCACCGUGCCCAUUCCAUGCAUGCCCCGAUUUCUGCAGCCUAAGAAGUCAACACAGCAUCGUGUCGCAGCCUUUGCGUUGUACCGAGCUUUGCUCUCACGAUGUUCCUCCACACCACUGGCAGAUGACGACCGCACGUCUCUACGCAAUGCAAUUCGCAACAAAUUUCGCAAGAACAGGAAAAUAGAAAGUCCAUACCAAUUAGGUCUGAGCUUCAAAGCGGGCUAUGAGGCUCUCGACCAUCUAGAUGCAUCUGCAACUGGCGUUGCUGCAAGUCUAGCAUUCCUCCAGCGCAUGAUCUCCAGAAUUCCCCCCCGCUUGAAGCGCACCUUCCAGCCGCGCCCUCGCAACCGUACGCCAGAUCCACCCAAAGAGAGACUCGCAAGUCUACCCCCCGAACGCGCCGUCCUCAACGUGCGCCCCUACGCAAAGACGUCUGGCCCUCGACAUGUCCCCAUCCUCGCCAGCGCAAAUGGCGUGCCAUUUCUGCGCCUCACAAAGCCCCAACCGCCGGCUCUCAGCCGCGUGAUCCGGCAGCGCUUGCAACGCAGGAACGAUCUGUUCGAUAGCAAGGUGUUGCUAGCAAACUGGUGGCUUCCAUUGUCCCAACAGGAAGACAGGUGGGAUAUUAUGAUGAAUGCGCAAUUGGGCGAGGUCGGUGAUGAGACGGGGUGGACGGAGGCGGUACAGAUGGCUAUACAGCAGAAUGUUGUGGCGCAUCAUAAGGAACUUGUCAAGGAUGCGGAGAUGACGAAGAAGAUGCAGAGGAUUGUGGAUUUGGAGACGGAGCUUGCGCUGGCGGAGGGGCAGACGAUUAUGAGAGGGAGGAAGAGAAGACCGCUGAGUGUAAUCAAACCCAAUUGA